AUGAAAAUAACAGGUGUAAUGGUUUUUGUAGGUACAUUACUCGCAAAAUUUUGUGAAAGAGAAAAUGUUGAUGACUGUUCAGGAAAAUCAAAAAGAUUCCGACAUACUAAAGAAUAUAACCAUUGUGAAAUACCAAGAAACAGAGGUAGACACUUUGGGAUGCGGGAAUAUGAACAUCCUAGAAGAGAUCCAUGUAUCACCAUAGGCCCCUGUGGUAGAAAUGAUGGAUUUUUAUUACCUUUCACUUUUGAUUGUAUUACGGGAUUUUUUAAUAGAGAGAAUUUAAGAAGAGCAUUCUUUUAUUUAGUUCAACACCGCUUAAGAUAUUUAGAAAAGCAUUUAAAUUUCAGUCACAAUUUUCAAAGCAGCCUUUUUGUUAAUUUUGAUGAAAUUGCAGUUGACUUACGAGAAAUUUUUAGAAAAUUUAUCUAUCUUGUUCACUUUAAUGAUUAUGCACACUACAAAAAAUGUUUUUAUGAAAACAAGUAUAUUGAGUGCUUUUACAUUAUGUAUAAUAAUGUAAGUUGUACAAGGUAUGUAUUUGAUUAUAUGAAUAUUCUAGCUUCACUUCCUUCUAAUUGUAAAAUUGAUUCUAGCCACUUUUACCGAUGCAAAGAAAAAUGCCUUGUUGAUACUAAACUUAAUAUCUGCAGCUUCUCGGGUAUUCCUUCAGCAGAUUUCUUAAUUGAUCCAGUUUCAAUUCUUGAAUUAAAUUUGUACGAAAGAACACAGUUGUUAAAGUUUUUCUUUACAAGAUACUACUUUGAAUGUUCAUAUGGAGAAAUUGAAGAAAGAUUAAUAAGAUUUUUGGAUUUAUACAGAGAUGUAUACCUAAAUGGAUCAAUAUGGGAUCAUCGUGUAACUGCUUUUGUCAUGUACAAAAUAUUUUCAGAGCUAAGAUUUAAAAGAUUUAAUGACGGUCUUAUUGACAGAAUGUACGAAUUUUUGAGAUUAUACAGCAAUGGUACUCUAAUAAGAAUUGCAAAGUUCUUCUGUAUAUUGACUUUUGGAUGUUUUGAAAAAUAA